CCAACAUUAUGAUCGAAACUUUCAUAGGCAAAUAUUACAUCCCGAACCGAACCGAACAGGUAAAAAUUAAAAAAGGAAAAGGAGACGAGAGAAAACAGAAGAGAAGGGUUUCUCCUGCAAACGUCUUCUCUCAUAUCGAAGCUUUCAUUGAUUCGAUUACUCUAAGCUCUGCUCAUCCCGGUACCCCCAUCCCACAACGUUUCCCGCCCUCUUCUUCUUUUCGUUCCUAAGAAACCUCGCAAUCUUCCAAUUAGGCCGAGGGCGGAGCCUGAGGGUUUUUGUUGAGAAGGAAGGAAAGAUGGUGAAGACGACAAAGGGAGGCAAAGUUAUGAACCCUACGGAUGCCUACCGUAAGGAGCUCCGUAAGAAGGAAUUGAAACGGAACAAGAAAGAAAGGAAGAAAGUAAGAGAGGUUGGCAUUUUGAAAAAAGAUCCUGUUGUCAUCAAGGAUCAGAUACAGAAACUGGAAAUGAUGAAGGCUGAUGGUGCACUGGACAAAGCAAGAAAGCACAAGAAGAGGCAACUUGAGGAUACACUUAAUCUUGUGAUGAAGAAGCGAAAGAUACUGCCAUCAAGUUUAUUUGUAGGGAACUGGUAUGCUAUCCCUCACAAAUUCUUAAGGACUGAAAGAUCCUGAAACCUGAAAUGAAUAUACCGACAAGAUGAAGGAGAAGGGUGAGACUCCUGUUAUGUUCAGUCAUCUGGGACCUCCUCGACGAAGAACAUCUGCAGAAGAGGAAGAGAGAGCUAAGCACCCACAGCCUGAGGACUCUGUGUACUACCAUCCUACCCUAAAUCCCACUGGGGCUCCACCACCUGGAAAACCUCCCAUGUACAAAUCAUCGAUAGGUCCUCGGAUUCCGUUGUCUGCCGGGUCAACCUCUGGUGCGUCAUCUUCACAGACAGAGUCUGAGGAUGGUGCUCUGGGAGUACCUCCACCUCCAUUGCCUCCGCCUCCUCCUUUGCCAGAAUCAGCAUCUAUGCCUCUAGCAGCGCCUCCACCAGAACCUCCUGCACCAAGCUUGGGUAUGUCAUUGCCUCCACUACCUUUGCCACCACCACCUCCUGGUCCGCCUCCACAAAAAGACCAUAUUAUAAGUUUUGCAUCAUUUCAGCCGCCACCUCCUGGCACUAAUAAUGACAAUGAGAAUGAGAAAGAUUCAUCCACAUUGGCAGACGACUCUUCAUCAAAGGAGACUGUUCAGGUGAGUGAGGAUUCUUCUCCUUUUACUUCCGUGAUUCAGGUGCCCAUUCUCCCACCUCCACCUGGAAUGCCUAUGAAGUUGACCAUCCAUCAGUUUGAAGGCGAUAAUUCAUCUGAAUCUGAUCCCGAUGCAACAAAGAUGGUUCCCCCUCCCCCGCCUCCACCUAGGCAACAGCCCCUACUGCCUGGACCACCACCCAUGGUCCAAAGCAUACAGCCUGAUUUUCUACCACCUGCAAUGGCAAGAUUUCCACCCCCUCCACCUCCACCAGGCAUGCGGCCACCUCUAGCAGCUCUAGGGAUGGUCCCAAUGAUGCCAAGACCGCCGUAUGGUCCACCACCUGGACCUCCCCCAAUGAUGAGGCCACCACUGCCUCCGGGCCCUCCUCCCGGUAUGAUGCUUGAAGACGGCGUAGGUAGUAGGUUUGUUGCUCCCCAGAAACCAUCUUAUGUGAAAUCCGCUGCAUCUACUGUUGUGAAAAGGCCCCUGGCACAACACACCCCAGAACUUACAGCCAUGGUUCCUGCAUCUGUGAGAGUCAGGAGAGAAACAUUUGCUGUCGCGAAACCGAAACCAAAGGUGACGGCGCCCUCAGCUGUUACAAUGUCAACGAGGCCUGUAGUUUCUACUGUAUUAAAGCCUGAACCACCUUCAGCAACAGCAGGAGUUGCGCCUAAAGGCAAGAGCGUUGAUGACUCGUACUCAGCCUUUUUGGAAGACAUGAAGGCACUUGGCGCGCUUGAUAGUUGAUCCGAUGCAGCCUAAAGAGAGAUCGAUUCGCUGCUGUCAACUGGAACAGUUGCACUCCUCUGGCUGUGUAGGGAAAACAGUUGAAGCUCCCGAUGAGCAAAAAGGCUUUGUCCACUUCGAACUCAGGAACCUUUCGAAUCUGACAGUCAGAUGCCUUGGUUCUAGCUAUCUAAUAUGGUUGAACUGUGUUCGGUUGUAGGUUUAGAUGGGUAUAGGGACCUUGUAAAAGUGAUUCCUUCCUGGGUUCCUUCAAUCGAAUUGACAGUAGGAGGAUAUAUCAUAUAUG